AUGCCAUGCUGUGCCAUUCCUGCACUGCCAGAGUGGGCGCCCGAUGUGUCGGCGGCGCAAGAGGCGUCUCAGAGGCCCUCGCGUGCUGCCUCAGACGACGACCGGCUGUUUGAGGAGCGCCUGAGAGAAGUGCGCCGGGCGCCCUCCCGUGCUGCCUCGGAUGAUGACCGGCUCUUUGAGGAGCGCCUGAGGGAAGUGCGCCGGGCGCCCUCCCGUGCUGCCUCGGAUGAUGACCGGCUCUUUGAGGAGCGCCUGAGGGAAGUGCGCCGGGCGCCCUCCCGUGCUGCCUCGGAUGAUGACCGUCUCUUUGAGGAGCGCCUGAGGGAAGUGCGCCGGGCGCCCUCCCGUGCUACCUCGGAUGAUGACCGGCUCUUUGAGGAGCGCCUGAGGGAAGUGCGCCGCCAGACUCUUUGCCUUGGCCUCUCUCCCCCUGCCACUCCCCUCCUCGCCACUCCUGCCUUGCAAGCGGAGGAGAAGAAGCGGGCAAAAGUGGUGCAAAGCACAGCAGCCAUAGACUACGACAACCCGCAGACAGAGCCGCUGGUGGAUACUGCUGCUCUCACCAAGGACCUCCCCACUAAGGUGAGGCGCGCUGUGCUGCUGCAGUGGCAGGGGCGGAGGAUGCAUGCAUGCAGUCUCAGGGGCAGAAAAGGCACUCUGAGAGGCAGGGAAGCAGCAGCAAGGGAGCAGCAGGGACAGAGGAGCAGCACAGCAGCCAUAGACUACGACAACCCACAGACAGAUCCGCUGGUUGACACGGCUGCUCUCACCAAGGACCUCCCCACUAAGGUGAGGCGUGCUGUGGUGCAGUGGCAUGGUCAGAGGACAGGUGAGCAGCAUGGUCAGAGGAUGCAUGGUCAGAGGCGCUGUGGUGCUGUGGCAUGGUCAGAGGAUGCAUGCACUGCAGGGGCUCAGGAGCAUCAGGGACAGGUGAGCAGCACAGCAGCCAUAGACUAUGACAACCCGCAGACAGAGCUGCUGGUGGACACCGCUGCCCUCAUCGAAGACCUGCCCACUAAGAUUGGCAUUGGCAUUGCUGCCACGGUGUUUGCUGCCAUAUUCACCUUCGAAGACAUUCUCCCCGCAACCGCUCCCCUCUCAUACCAAUCAUUUUUUCCGCUGCAUCCAUCGGUUUACCCUCCCCCACCACCCUGGCGUGUCCAGAUUGGCAUUGGGAUUGCUGCAACAGUGUUUGCUGCCAUAUUCGCCUUCGGAGGCAUUCUCCCCGCGCCUUCCUCCCCCCCGUAUGUGACUGAUCCACUGUGA